CCAAAGUCCUCUCUUCGCCUGCGUGCUUUGCGCAUUACUCGGUGCGCGAGGUCGUAUUGAGGCGGUUCGUUCCGGCACGGAUGCGAGACUAGCUGCUCGAGGAGUAUAUUGAAUCGUGCACACUCCGUCCGACGUGGAUUUCGAUCAGUGGCCUUUGCAUUACUGUAGCCGAUCUGGUGGUGACGCAGUAUUCGAUCGCAGUACAAACGUCUGGAACUGUUAGAGUGGCCCCCUCUUACUGGUCGCCACUUUAGAUGGAUACUGCUGCCAGCGGUCUGUCUGCGGUUUUUCUCGCUGCCGCAAAGCCUAACGGCAAGGAUGAAAGAGUUCUAGGGGCCUCCUUUACUCCCUUCGCUGUUACUUGUCAUAAAACCCUGUAUUGCAAUACACUGUGUGCAUGGCCCUGCACGAUUCAACAGACCACCACUGUACUGAUCGAUUAUUGCUGCAGCCAGCCAACACACAGUGCUGCGUCAUGCCUGAUAGGCCCCUAUUUCCUUGUUACAUACUUUGAAGUUCUAUCUCCUUUCGCCUCACUUGCAACUCCAUUAUGGCGAUUAAGUUCGUUGGCAACGCACCUCCUUCGUACGACUCGAUUUCUAAGUCCCUAUGCAUCAGCGGAUUCCAUGCAAUCCAAACAACGAUUUGUGUAUUCCUUUUUCGAACAGAUACGUGCCUGGGCCUUGAGUUCUACGGCUACGUCAGAAUCCGUUCCAUCUAUCAUCCGUGAUCUUGUCUCCGCUCCCGAUUUUACCCCUUCCUCUGCCGCCACAAUUGUCAAUGCCUGCGCUGCUACUCUUCCCACUGCAAAGUUCUCCGACCUCCUGCAAACAUCCAGUAUCGAGGGUCACACGGCGUUGUAUUGGGCAAUUGUGAACAACCGACGAGAAGCCCUUUCGGCGUUCGCUGAAUUCAUCUCCGCAUUUUCGUCAAAUUGUUCUUCCGACUUGCGUGUCGCUUGCAUGGUCACUAACGACCAAGCAUUGUUUGCACAGCUGAAUUUGGGAAAUAUUGGUGCCCAGGACGGGCCUUUGAGACGCUCUUUGGGCUAUCCUACAGAUGAGAUUCAGGUGCAUGAAUGGUCGGACACCGGUCAACUAGGCAACAAUUUGUUUGUUGCUUCUUUCCGCAUCAGGAUGUUCCAGAAAUGCCUGCGCAAUACGCAGAGGUUAAACUUUGAAUUUUAUUGCAGGAGGACGUAUAUGGUGGCUGCGCUUUUAUACGGACCCUGAGUAAGUGGAAAUGGCGUGUCGGGUUUUGUCUUUCUGCACCUAGCCUUCCAGCGUGUCCAAAAGUUGUGCUUUUGAUAGAGGUCAGCAGAGGGGAAGGGAAACUUAGCUGCGAAACACCAUCUGAAGGGCUGAAACUGGUCCAAGAGACACUUGUACCAUCCGAUGUGUAGCUUAAAAUCUACUCCGACUCGUUCGAAGCAUUUUGUUACACAGACCUAUAAAGUUCUCGGGAAAUGUAGCUGGCACACCUUCCAUCAACAGUUGGUGGCCGUUGGGUGAUCGGGUUAUGUACGAGUAAGCGUUUCGCUUCCUCGAGUUACAUGAUGUUUCGCGACUUUUCUCUGCCGUUUACAGCUCUUUGCAUAAAGGAUGGCACUGGCGUGAAAUUUUCGUUCAAUUAGGAAAUGU